UGUCGAUUUGUGUAUUUUCAUUCGUUUAAAAAACAUUUAUAAAAUGUUAAAAAACACUUGUUGUUCUAUAUGUCUAUCGUUAACUAAAAGAACUAUUAAUAUUUACAAUACAGAUCUACAGUAUGUUUACGAGAACCUCGCAAACUUUAAGAUUAGAGAUAUUGAAUUCUGGAUGUGCUACAUCUGCCACUCCAGACUGCGACAAUGUCACCAGCUAAAGCAGUUGGCUGUGCAGACACGAGGACUUGUCGAUGAUCUAUUCCAUAAUAAGAUUGACAUCCAGUUUGGAUCUAUCAACCCAUUGCUAGAGCUAUCAGUUUCAAAGAUAAAUAUAACAUCAACAAAUGAUAUUAAAGAGGAGUCAGAUGAGGAGUUUCAUAUGGACAAUGGAAGUGAAGAAGAUGAAAUUUUAGGCAACACUAAUCAUGAAGAAGAGGACAAAACUUACAUAAAAUCUGAAGACGACAAAUCGGUCCAGGAAAUACCGAAUGUAAAUGUAAAAGCGGCGUUUCUAAAAACGAAAGAUCAUGAAUUAAAAGUUGUGAAGAUAAGUCAAGUAAAUGUCGAAUAUGCCUCUCCAAAGACAGCACUUAACUUACGAGAACUUUUGGAUAGGAAAAUACGGUCAUUGGGUCAACAGAGCAAGAAAAAGGUAGAAAUAAAACAAGAGAUAAAAGAUGAAACAGGAGAUAAAGAACCAGACCAAAUCAUCGAGAUAGACAGCUCAAAUAACUACGAGGAGCAAGAAAAUGCAAGCGUAGUGCGGACCGACCGUCACAUGCGGCCACUGACUUGUGAAAUAUGCCACAAGAACUUUAAAUAUAAUUACCAACUACGUGGUCAUCUCAGGAUUCAUACGGGCGAGAAACCGUUCACGUGCAACAUAUGUUUAAAGAAAUUCACAACUAAGGCGAAUUUGAAAAGCCAUUACAUGUUCAGUCACGCGGGCAUGAAAUAUAGCUGCGAUAUUUGCUCGAAGGAAAUCUCAAACGAGUACAAUUUGAAGAGGCACAGAUUACUUCACUCGGACGAGAAACCGUUUAGCUGUGACAUAUGUUCAAAGACUUUCUCUCUGUUGAUACAAUUGAACAAACAUAAACAAAUUCAUACGGGUGAUAAACCUUUCACCUGUGACGUGUGUUCCAAGAAAUUCUCACACCAGUCUCAUUUGAUCGGCCACAAACGAAUACAUACGGGCGAGAAACCGUUUAGCUGCGAAUUCUGCUCACAAAAAUUCGUCCACAAUUCUAAACUUAAGAGGCACAGGAAAACUCACACAGGUGAGACACCGUACAGCUGUCAAAUCUGCUCGAAAAGAUUCACCAGCAAAGACAGUUAUGAUGAUCAUACGCUCAUACAUACGGGCGAGAAGAAAUACGUGUGUCACAUUUGCGGCAAGAAAUUCGCAUUGAAACGCUAUUUGAGUAUACACUUGCUAAGUCAUACGGGCAUCAAGAAAUACACUUGUGACAUUUGUUCAAAGCGGUUCACACAGAAAAGCAGUUUAAACACACACAAAAAAACUCAUGAGUCAUAAUAAUAAUAAUGUAUAGCCAAAUUUAAUGUAUAGCCGUACUCAGACGCGUUUAAUAAAUAUAAUAUUUAACUUUAA